AUGGCGCCCAAAGCAGCUGAUGUUGGCUUAGAAACUGGAGCAGAUGGCCGUGAUGGCCGCGUACGCGCGAGCAUUUUGCUCGUGGGCGGAGUUGUCACCGUGGCCGCAGGUUUGGCCAUCUCAAAACUAAUGGCGCGCGGCAAGUUUGGUGAAGGUCGUCCCUGCGCGAGUAAAACCUCCACAGUGUUUACAGAAGUCACGACGGUGAAGGGAUGCCGCAAAGAAGCUGGUGAGCUGCUGAAACUGACCCUACCGGACCUCGUAGCAGCUUUGCGCCAACGGCCACAAUCCCUGGAUGAUGUGCCAGAACUCACUGAACUGCUGCAGUCUACACAGGAUUGCUGCAAAGAUCCUGAAUGGCUUCAGCAUCGAGAUGAACCUGCAACGGACCUGGCGGAGUGGCUCUGCGACCAGGGCGACGAAGCGUUGAAAGCCUCGAGCCUCGUGGAGCUCUCUUCGAGGCGCCAGGUGCUGAUGGAGAAGUUGGAGGAACUGCACGAUCUCAAGUGGGACGUGCCCUUUGAUGCUGAAGAGGAAGCCAUCAAGGAAAACAAAAUUGCCCGGGAUGCGGCUGGCAUGGAAUGA